AUGUCUAGAAGAGCAGCGGCAGGAGGAGAAGGUGACGGUGGGGGAGGGGCAGAUAGAGUGGGGUUCGGGCGCGAUGACCAACACUGGAUAUUCUCCAACACGGAGAAUUCCGACAGCGGGUGCAAUGUAAAGGUGGCUGCAACUCGAGCACCGGAUCGUUCGUGCUCGAACAGUCCCCCCGGUCCUGUGCCAUUGAUGGGUGAGAAGCGGGCUCACAAUGGGGCAUCGAAGGGCUCCUCCGAGGGGAAAGGCGGUGUCGGGGAAUCGGACCACGAGAUGCAUAUCUGGACUGAGAGAGAAAGGAGGAAGAAGAUGAGGAACAUGUUCUCUAGUCUUCAUGCCCUUCUUCCGCAGUUACCACCAAAGGCCGACAAAUCAACGAUCGUCGACGAAGCAGUGAACUACAUCAAGACCCUCCAGCAAAACCUUCAGAAGCUCCAGAAGAAGAAACAAGAACGAACGGGAGGCGUCGUCUACGACGAGCCUUCUUCGGCAGCGGCGCUGCAAUCGCAAGGGUCAGACACCAACAGGGAAGCGUUCUUGGCUGAUCAUGGCAAGUUCUGGCCGGCGGCGAUGAACUCUCCGACGGCUGUGUCGGUCACCCGGUUCCCUCAAUCCUUCCAGACCUGGUCUUCGCCCAAUGUGGUGCUGAGCGUGACCGGAGAGGACGCACACAUCAGCAUCUGCACUUCCAGGAAACCGGGGCUCUUCUCCACCAUCCUCUGUGUGAUGGAGAAGCACAAGCUGGAGGUGGUUUCUGCCACUAUAUCCUCCGACUGCUUCAGAAGCAUGUUCAUGAUCCAUGCCCGUGCUACUGGUGCUUCUGAUCAGUUCCCUGAGACAUUGAUGAUUGAAGAGAUCUACAAGUUGGCUGUUGGUGAGAUGAUACUUUGGCUUUCUUCAUGCUAG